GCUGCGGCAGCGCUGAGGGAAGACCAGGGAGGGGCUGAAAGCGGCUGUGGAAAAGCCCGCCAUGAGCGACGGGUCUGGGGAGCCUGCUGCCGAGGCCCCGCCCGCGACCGAAGGGGGCGUCCGAAUCGUGGUGGAAUACUGACGUCACUUCCUCAAAGAUGCUGAGAAGACAAAUGCCUGACACUUGUGUUGAUACUACAGCAGAGAUUUCAAACGCAUUUUCAUCAACCUUAUAGUUGCCUUCAAAUGGACGUUGAAUCCAUGGAUGGAAAAUUUGUGAAUAAAGAGAACCAACUAUAAUUAUUUUACAUAGUGGUAGAUGUCGGCCUUUGGUUUCGCUCGGUUCGGGGCGGGAGGCGCUUACUCGAGUUCUCAAUUAAUCUGGAACAUUCAGCAUCCAGCAAACCACUGGCAGUCAUCACUUCUCGGACUGAGGGCUGCUCUCCCCAUGAGAGCAGAACCAAAGAAAAAGAAGAAGGUGGAUCCAAAGAGAGAACUUGCCAUUAGGGACCGGAUGAAGAAAAAGAUUAAAAAAUUGGAAAAGGCUCCUCAGGAAUUGAUUCCCAUUGAAGACUUUGUAACACCAUUCCGAUUCAUGGAUGAAAGAAAAGUGCGAGCCAUCUCUCCCCUGCCUUUUGAGGAGAGCGAAAAGCGAGCAUUGCUUUUGAAGAAGUGGGUGGUAUACAAGCAAGUGCAGCACAAGGCAGAGAUGGAGGCAGCCAGGUCCCUGGUGGAGGCCCAAGAAGAGGCCUUAAAAGAACUGUGCCUCGAAUCGGAGGAGCUGUAUCAGGCAGCUGUUUGGCGGGAUGAAUGGCUGUUCCCUUUUGAGAGGCAGGAGCCAACCCACACACCGCCAGUGCCAAAGUAUGAGGCUCUUGAAGGGAGGUGUAAUGACAUCACUAAAGUUUAUACCCAGUGACACCAAAGGGUUGCCAAGGGACUGCCAGAAGAUGCUCUAUUCAAUAAAUAAAUGAAUAUAAUCA